AUGUUUAAUGAUUCAACUUUAAAUCAAUUAUUACAUCGCAUUGAACGUUUAUUUGACGGUAGUGAUUGUCAAAAAUAUUCAGAAUUAUUUUUAAAUGAUCUAAUAAAACCAAUGUAUACAUUAUAUCAAGAACAACAUGAUGAUAACUCGACGGAUGGAACAUCGAGUACAACAACAGCAACAACAUUCACCGAUAUGAAUCUAGAUUUAGGUGAACCAACAUUAUACAUUGCCAAUGAUCUUGUCAGUUAUUUAACAGAAGAUGUACAAACACCGUUAAUGCCAAAUCAUACACAUAAUCAAAAUUCAAGUUCGAGUCAUAGUUCAAGUUCACCAACCUAUAAUCGAAAUAGUCAUCAUUCAUCUACAUCACCAACACAACAUUUUCAGUUUAUUUUAAAUGCGGGUACAUCAGCUUCAGCUCGAAUCACUGAAGAAACAAUAACAUAUUUAAAUCAAGGACAACCAUAUGAAAUUAAAUUUCAUGUCAAUAACAAUCAAAGAUCGAAAUUGGCAUCUUCAAAUGUCACGAAUAUUCAACCAACAACAUAUCGAAGUAUUUUACGUCUCUGUUUUUGGGAUAAAAAUUUUCAAUUAAAUGAAUAUGACCAUGUUAAUAAAUGGUUAUGCGAAUAUAAUUCGACUAGUUUAUUUGAUAUUGAUAUGAAUUUGACCUAUGGCGUAUUAAGUGUGAUAAAAUCUCGUUCGAUUAAAAAUGCUGUAGAAAUUGUGUGGGAUAAUUUACAGCAAACAUCAUUAUUUAUUCGUUUUAAAUGUACAUCAACUGAUUUUGCCCCCAAACGACAUGGGGGAGAAAAAGGUAUACCAUUACGAAUACAAAUUGAUACAUAUGAAAUUAUUGAAGAACGAAAUGUAGAUGAUAAUAGUAUCAGUGAACGUCCAAAACAUGUAAAUUCAUGUUGUUGUAAAAUACAAUUAUUUCGUUUAAAAGGUGCUCAACGUAAAAAUAAAUCAGAUAAAAUUAAAAUUGAAAAAUUAAAUAUUGAACAACGCCGUCGUUAUCAAAAUAUUUUAGAAUAUACAAUUUUACAACAAUGUCCAAUAACAACUCUCUAUACUCUUGAUUUAUUAUCAUUCUCUUAUCCACCCGAUGAUUUAGGUAUUUGUUCACAAACCGUUCAACAAGAUAAUUCAUUAAUUACACAAAACUGUACAGUUCAAAAUGAGAAUGAAGGAACGGUUAGUGGUGGUGAUGAUGAUUUAACAAAUAGUACUCUCAAACGAUAUCCAUCGGAUUCAUCCAUCGAUCGAACACUAACAUUAUCUAAUCUUACUACUGCUUAUGAUUGUAGUCCAUCUGUACCAUCACCAUCAUCUUUAAUAUUAUCAUCUUCAUUACCAGAUAUGAAACAAUUAUAUUCUUCACUACCUACUCAAAUUUCACAAAAUAUUCAACAAACAAUUACAACUCAUUCAACAAGUGAUGAUGUUCAAAAAUGGUUAGAAUUAUAUAAUUUUCAUACAAUUAUGUCUUUAUUUCGAUAUUAUACGGGUUUAGAUAUAUUAAGAUUAAAUGUCGAUGAUGUUUUAAGAAUUUGUGGUGAUUGUAUCGGUAUAAGAUUAUACAAUCAAUUGAAACAAACACCCGUUCCACCAUUAAAAACACUCUAUAUCAAACAGUUAAAUGACGAUUAUUAUCAUUGCAUUUAUUUACAUAGUUUAACUCGUAAAGAAUUGUUACAAAAAAUAAUUGAACAAUUUCAAUUAAAUAAAAUUUCUUCUGUUUAUUGUCAAUUUUAUAUUGAACAACAACAACAAGAAUUAAAAAUAAUAGUUGAUGAUGAUGUGGUGAAAUAUUCAAUUUUAAAUCAAAUGAGACUUAUACUACAUACAAAACAAGAUGAACAAAAUCUCAUUUAUGAAAUUAUACUUAUUCUUAUAAAUUAA